AUACCUAUUACAUUAGUUGUUCGAUAAUCAGUAAACAUUAACAAUAACCAAACGGUCUUCCCAAAUCCUAAUUCCGUAUUUGACGUUUAAACACUCAAGAUUUCUGAUCCGUCGCGUUGUUCGAUAAUGAUAAUUAUUAAUGGAUCAAGUAUUGUGAACUCUUAAACAUAGCUCACACUUAAGUCUACAACCGUUAUCGUUAUUAGUCAUGUUUGACUUUAUCUCUAAAAAUGGAAAAUAAGUAUUGUUGGAUAAUACUCGCAUACCUGACUAAUAACUAUUGUUGUUGCCAAGGCGCGUGGAAUGGAAAUUUAUCUAGAACAGAAUCGCCUAAAAACGAAACGGCUACUGAAAACAUCUUCGAACAAUAUGUACCCUCUGGUCCUCUGGUCAAAUGUUCCUUUCUACCGAUGGAAUUCCUAGAAUGUGAAAUUCCAGAAGAUUUCGAGGGAAACAAAACGGCAAGAGACGAAUCAGGACCAGGCGGCUGUGUUAAAUAUGGAGGGGGUUAUAGAUAUGAAGACGUAGAAAGAGCUAUGGCACAAUGUGUCGUCCUACCAGGAAUUGAAUGUCACGGACCCAAGACGUUCUAUAAAGAUGGGUUUCCUUGCGUAAAAUACAAUAAUUAUUAUUUCCUCACUACCCUUUUGUAUUCCAUUCUACUCGGAUUCCUUGGCAUGGAUAGAUUUUGUUUGGGACAAACCGGUACUGCUGUUGGAAAAUUGUUAACUCUAGGCGGUGGUGGAAUAUGGUGGAUUGUCGAUGUAAUACUCUUAGUCACUAAUCAGUUAUUACCAGAGGACGGCAGCAAUUGGAAUAAUUAUGUAUAAAAGUACUAUAUUUGUAAAAUUGAAUUUGAUUUACACAAUAAAAUAAAGUAACACAUAACA